AUGCAAUUUGUCUAUGCUUUGCCAGGCUGGGAAGGGUCUGCUACUGAUAGUAGGAUCUUAAGGGAUGCUAUUAGUAGGCGUAAUGCCCUAAAAAUUCCAAAUGUCGAUGCUGGUUAUACCAAUGGUAAUAGAUUCUUGGCACCUUACAGAGGACAAAGGUUCCAUCUAAAUGAGUGGAGGGAAGGACGUCAACCGGUGACAAAAGAAGAAUUAUUUAAUAUGAAACACUCUGCAGCAAGGAAUAUAAUUGAAAGGUGCAUUGGAUUGCUAAAAAUGCGGUGGAAAAUACUGCAUAACACUUGCUUCUAUGGGAUAGGCACACACGCAGACAUAAUUUCUGCUUGUUGUUUGCUCCACAACCUGAUUCGUAGAGAGAUGAGGUUUGAUCCGAUUGAAGCUCAGCUUGAUACAGAAUUUGGGCAAACUUUUCUAAAUGAUUAUGAGCAUGGAGAACACAUAGGAAUUGUUGAGCCUUCAAAUGAGUGGACUACUUGGAGGGAUCAACUUGCAAAUGAGAUGUUCAAUACUUGGAGAGCUAAUAGAGUGCAAACUUAG